GUCAGUCAAACAUCCUCUAAGAACAUUGGUUCUGAUGAUUCAUCGCCCAUGACCAUGAGAAGUUGUUAAAUGUUAUUAGUCUUUUUAUGGGUUACGUUCUCAGAGUGGAAUGAGAAAGGAAAAAACAAGGAAAAUGAUAUUAAUCGAUUGUUUUUUGUUUCUCCAUUUCUUUUCUCAGUGGAAUUUUGAAGUUCUUGUUUUGUCUUCCUCUGGUUUGAUCUUCAUCUUCACAGUAAGCAUGGUUGAGAAAAUAGGAGGGUAGGAUGGUCAUUUGAGAAAAUAUCAUAUGAGCUGUUAAUCAUUCUCUAGGAGCUAGAGAUUGCCUUCCAUAAAAGAUAAAUCUGGACCAUGUUUAACAGGUUUUCAUUUUGACAAAUUUACAUGGGAGUUAGAAUUCAGUCACAAGAGAUCUUGAAGACCCAGGUUUCUUUCUUUUCUCUUUUUGGGUUUUCUUCUGCAGGGCCUUCGCUCUCUCUUCUUAAUUUAUUUCCUCUGUCUUCACAAUCGGAACCAGUAGAAAAAGUGGGUUUUGAAUAAUCCUUUUUUAAGAUAUACGAUCUGUCUUCUUCUUCCAUCUUGUGGUAAGAUUGGAUUUUUUUUCCUGUUUGCAGUAGGCUCUGACUUCUUUUAAUGACUGUUAGCUGCAACUAACCUUAAUCAGGUGUUUUAGUUUUGUAAUUCUGUGGGGCUUUCCCUGGAGGAAAUUUUGUUUUAAGAAAUGGAAUUUGUCGCUUUUUAUUGAAUCAAGGAGUUGGUUUUUUACAUUAUUUUAUUAAUUGAGGUGUUCGGGGCAUGAGAUGGGUUGUUUGUGAUAAAUCCUUCUUGGAGAAAAUUUUGAUGAGGGUUUUGUUCUGCAAGUCCCACUGCCCUUCUUUCAUUUGUUUCUGCAAGCCCCCUCCUCGUCUCCUCUGUCCUUCCCCAUUAAAAUUGGACGACUCCCCACAUGUUCCUUCACCUGUAUCUCCAGUUCCUGAUGCUGUGGUUCAGCCAUUUAAUGGGUCGAUUGAAUUCAAUGAUGAGAGAUUAGAUGGAGAACAACAAGCUGAGAAUUUCCCAAAAAGUAACCUCAAGAAGCCUUCUUCGGGGCCAGAUGCACCAAAAGAGGUUGAAAAGGCGAGGGUGCAGUGGAUGGAUUUCUUAGGGAAGGAGCUGGUUGAGGUCAAGGAAUUCGAACCUAGUGAAUCAGGAAAUUCAGAUGACGAAGGUGAAGCUAGUCAAGGCUGUGUUUGUGUUAUUCAGUGAACCCUGUCCUCCCAUCUCCCCUUGUUUUUAUGUCCUGCACCAGCUACAGCAUCAACAGGGAAUUGGGACCUACUAGCCCAAAUGGUUGUUUUUCCUGGUCUUCUGUCUAUUUUUUGAUCUCAACUUGGUUUCUUUCAUCUACAAGGAUUGGAUUUAUAGUUCUGCACUGAGGUCAUAUGAUUUCAUGAGUUCUCUCUUUCUAACUGGUUUGCCAUUAUCUGCAUUAGGAAUCUUGAAGUUCUGGGGAAAAUGCCUUUAUAAGGAAAAUAUCAUUUUUUUUUGUUUUAAAUCUCUGUAAUUGACUCCUGACUGACUGAAAAACUUGUGUAAUUUCACACCAACUCAAAUCAAAAUCAAUGAACAAUUGUUUGUCUAUUACCUGUUA